AUGAUUUUAUAUGCUUUAAUUUUAAGAAGCCGGGACAUCCUACCACUGACGUCCACAACCAAUUACCACUGUAGUAAUGGCGAGAGCGCCAUUGACUUGAAACUAAUUAACAAGAUCGUAAAGAGUGUUCUAAAAAAAACUGAUUUACCCAAAAAUAAAUGUUUCCUUCGCACCAACGACAAAACCUACUACUUUUUACCAUGUUUAAAUAUAAUUUGCAUGGCAAUGUGCAUUCCAUCAUAUCCUCAAGUCUUAGCCUACAGCUUUUUAGAAGAACUAGCUGGAGAGUUUACAAAAAAAUAUGACCGUUUUAAAGUAGAACAAGCUUUGAGACCCUACAAUCUUAUUGAAUUUGAUACCACUAUACAUCCUAUUCAACAAAUGUAUAAUAAACCACAACAACUGACAUCCAGGAUAAAUUUAGCUGAAAUUACUCGUGAUAUCACAUUAGAUCCACCUCAAGAAGUAUUUAUUGUUGAAGAAAAUAAUGUUCAUACACCACAAGUUAUUCCUCCGACUGUUCGAGUUGGACCACUGCCUACUUUAGAACCUUUGUCUUUCAUUGACAAAACAUCUUUAAUUUUUACUAUAUGUUUAAUUGUUCAUAGUAUUGUCAUAGUAAUGGAUACAUGGAGGAGUUGGACAACUGAGGAAGAUGAAUCAUUGGAUACUGGUUGGCUUCACUUUUGUAGUAUUCUCUUCCGAUUAGCUCAGAUGUAUGUCCUUACGCACAAGCAAAUGUAUAGAUGGAAGAAAGGAUGGACACUGUUCUUAGUGCUAUUAGUUGUAGAUUGGUUUCUGUAUUUCAACGAUGAUCUAUGGCAAGUGAUUUUAGUUUAUGUCAUUACUACACUGACACAUACAUGCAUACUUAGACGGAAAAUUGCCAUUAAGUUACCACAAUAUCAGAUUUAA